AUGCGAGAACAGCAGACAGUGCUGCCCCUCCGCGCCAAUGCUGCAGCAAGGUAUGACAGCUGGCCACGGGGAGAGGCGCAGGAGACGUUUGUUGAGGCGUCUCAAGGAUUGCGCCUAGUAAACUCUGGCGCUAUGAGUGAAGACCCCGGCACGGUCCACACGCCAUGUGGGGGAGGUUGUCGCGGCAAACGAGGCGCUGACACGUGGCUGCGUGAACAAGGUGUCGACACCUUGCUCGUGUGCGUGUGCGCCCUUGACGGGCACAAGGUCCAAAUGCUGCCCCCCGCCCAUGACAAGUCCAAUCGACGUGUGGUGUACCCUCCUGCCCAUCGGGCCCGGCAACAGAGUGCUGCCCUUGCGUCCGCAGCGGUAUGGAUCAACGCCAUCAUUCUGCUCUUCUCUCCCCCUCAGCCCUGCCGCCUUGACUCCCCCUCAGCUCUGCCGCCUUGA